GCCAAAUCCCAUAACCAUAACCAAUGUAUAGAUAGAUGUUGACUGUCCCAACAUGGCCGAUGAUGUUGGUCGGGUACGUGGUCCGUGGGUCCAUGAGUACGUCAUUCUCUAGGACUGUGGUCACGUGCUACAUCUUUCCCUGGGGAGCACUUCCGGUAGCGUUUCCUGUGUUUGUAAACUGAGAAAAACUGUACGUCCGACAAGAUACACUGAUCGGCAAACACCAGAGACAGGAAGGCGUGAGCCCCCCGAUGUGUGGGGUUUGUGAGGGUCUGUUAUCACACACCCCACCAUCUAUCCCCACGUGACGUGUCCUCUCCCCCUAACACACGCACACACUCUCACCACGGCGAUGUCACACCAUCCCAACAACUCAGUCCGAGACCAUAUGAAAUGGGCUGGGUUGCUGGGCUGUGAGGCGGUGCUGUCCAGCAUGGCGCUCAUGCAGGCCAACUCCAUGUCCGGCCACAAGAAGAUGGUGACGCCGCUGGGACCCGGCCAGAGGGAGAACCAGGAGGGCCACCACAGCCACGGUCAUGGUCAUGGACACGGCCACGGUCACGGACAUGGCCACGGCCACAGCCACAUGGUGCUGCCCUCUGGAGUCAGCUGCUCGCCCGUGGUGAGACAGCCGCAGAACGCAGAGCAUAUGAUCCGUAAAGACGGGGAGUUCCACUCGUCUCGAUUGCUGGACGAGAAGGACAUGCGUGCCAGCCAGAGCCAAAACAUGCAGCCCAAGAAGAAGCACCGCAAGUCGGGCACACCCAACAAACUGCGAGAGAAACCACAGUGUGUUGUUCAGAUUGAGGUGCCUGACAUCAGUGACGAUCUAAGCAAAGUCCAGAAGAACUUCAUCUGUGAACACUGCUAUGGCGCUUUCCGCAGCAGCUACCACCUGAAGCGCCACAUCCUCACACACACAGGGGAGAAGCCAUUUGGGUGUGAUGUGUGUGACAUGCGGUUCAUCCAGCGCUACCACCUAGAGCGGCACAAGCGGGUUCACAGUGGCGAGAAACCCUACCAGUGUGACCGCUGCCACCAGAACUUCUCUCGUACGGACCGGCUGUUGCGGCACCGCCGCCUGUGUUCAGUGGGCAUUGCGAAGGAGGAGAACCAGUCGUGUUGCGAGGGCCGGCCGUACUCCCAGGAGGCUCCGCCACAACACACGGCCACAUGGAGCCCCUUACAGUCCCCCAACGGGCGCCUGGCCGUCUGAUCUCCAGCUCUGCACCGCCAGUCGGCCGGCCAGCUUGUCUGUCUGUCUGUGUUCCCCACCAGCCCAUCCCUCCAUCCAUCCAUCCCUCCAUCCAUCCAUCCCUCCAUCCAUCCAUCCCUCCUGAUCUGACAGCACAGGACUGCAGGGAAUUAGUCCAUCAAUGCCACACACACACACACACACAUUCACUAUCACACACACGAAGCUCUGUACACUGGAACAGACCAGGCCUGCUGACUGCGCUGGGUGAACUGGGGCAGAUACACUAGACUCACAUAGACUGCUGUUGUGUCAGUCUCUCCUGCCUCAUAUCCAGACUGAGGGACAAUGGAGACUUUUCUACUUGUUGUAAUGAACAUCGAAAAAAAAGUGUUUUUCUUUCUCUAGUUUGUUACAUAGUUGGUACUGAAACUAGAUUUGGAUGGGCUUAGUUGUGUUGUCUCACCAUGGCAAUAAUGUAUUCUCUUAUUAAACUGUAAGAUAAUGAUGUUUCUGUUGGAUGCUCUGUCGAAGAAUGUUCCAGAGCAUCCUUCAGCAGACUUAUGGGAGACUCCUAUGUGUCUGUGUCCUAAGACUCCGUGCACUGGACGGGUCUCUAGACACAUGGGCGAAAGUCCACAGCUGCGUGAUGUUCCACGACUCACCACCACAAUGAGAGGAGUAAGAACCUGCUGAACGCUCAGUGUGAAAAAGUGGCCUUUUCACUGUUUUUAAUCUUUUUUUCCCUCCUCCAUUUCUGGUCAUGUUGGCUGUGAUCCAUUUGCUCUUAUAGAAAUGUUUGUAGAUCCAGUUCUCUACUGUGAUUAGACACAAUAUUAAUGUUCGAUCAUCAUAAGUGUCGGACAGAAUCUGUUUUUACAUGGACCGCAACCAAACAGUCAGUAGGCUCAGUUGACCUGCCAAGUGCCAUUUCAUUACUGUGUUUAGUGCUUAUUCCAGCCCCAGCCCUUCAGAUUACCCAGGCAACUGUGGUAGCUUCAUGUCUCUGCUUGGCACACAAGUCCCUGUAAUUUAGGGUCAUUUCUUUUUAAGGCCAGAGAUCAGAAACUUGGGCUGACAAGUUGCUUUUUUUUUUGUUCUUAAUGUGGAUGUGUCAUUGGUCAAGGAAGGUGGUAAAGGCCUGGUGCUGCUGUAGGGCUACACACCUGAAUCUCAAGUACUGUGUGUCAGGUUUUUUUUUUUUUUUUAAGCACUGGAUUCAUGAAGCCAAAAGUAGAGGAACAGAUUGUUAUUUAGUACUUUUGAGUAGGUAUCAUCUUCCUCUUAGAGGAUGGCUUUUUACUUGAGGCCAGUUGUUUCCUGGAUCAGUGUUGUAUUAAGAGGUCAAAUUAGGUCGCUUACCAGGAGAUUGGCUUUAGCUCCUUCCUCUGACCAUAGGCAGUUUUUGUACCUGCUGAAUUUAAGUUAAUAUAUAUAUUUUUUUAAUUUUCAAAAAAAGUUCUUAGGAAAGUUGUAGUAUAGAAUAGCAAGCGAGGAUUCAUUUUUUUCCCUCUCUAAAGAAGUAGUUUUGCAUGAAGUUUUGGUCCUCUGGCCUAUACCACAAAGUUUUUUUUUUAAAUAAGAAAAUGGGUAAACAUUUGUUUUGUUAGAAAAAAAAAUGCCUGUUUUAUUCUUUUUUUUUUAUUCGUCCUAAACAAAUGAAGUUAAUGAUGACCCUAGAGUAGUGAGUGGAGAAUUAGGGCCCAAUCAAUAAACUAAAUAAAGUGUUUUUUUUUUUUUAA